CGUGAACUUUUAACCAGUCAAUUAUAUUAAUGGACGCAUGUGUUUGAUUUGAAGUUCUGAUUUUGGAGUUGCAUAAAACAGAAGAUGGUGUUUACAUGUCGUUUCUACCAAAACCAAUUCCCCGAGGUGGAAGAUGUUGUCAUGGUCAAUGUUAGAUCGAUUGCUGAAAUGGGAGCCUACGUGUACUUGCUGGAGUACAACAACAUAGAAGGCAUGAUUUUGCUCAGUGAACUGUCUAGAAGACGUAUUCGUUCCAUCAACAAGCUCAUCCGAGUUGGCAGGAGCGAAUGUGUUGUAGUCAUAAGAGUGGAUAAAGAUAAAGGUUACAUUGAUUUGUCUAAGAGAAGAGUUUCACAAGAGGAAAUAAUCAAAUGUGAGGAGAAAUUUGCUAAAGCCAAAGCUGUGAACAGUAUACUGAGACACGUGGCAGAGCUCCUGGACUACAGCUCCGAUCAAAAGUUGGAAGAACUGUACAUGAAAACAGCUUGGUUCUUUGAUGAAAAAUACAAUAAACCAGGUGCAUCGUACGAAGUAUUCAAGCAAGCCGUCUCGACACCCGAGAUCCUUGACGAGUGCCAGAUAGAUGAGGAAACUAAGGACGUCUUGUUGCAGAAUAUCAAGAGAAGAUUAACACCGCAGGCUGUCAAAAUCAGAGCUGAUGUUGAAGUUGCGUGUACCAACUACGAAGGUGUGGAUGCUGUAAAGAGAGCCCUCAAGAAAGGUAUCGAACUGUCCACAGAAGCACUGCCAAUUAAGAUAAAUCUGAUAGCUCCACCACUGUACGUGAUAACCACACAGACACUCGAGCGGUCGGAUGGCCUCAAGAUGUUAAACCAGGCUGUGGCAUCCAUCAAGGAGACCAUAGAGGAGGCAGGCGGGGUGUUCAAUGUGCAGCAACAGCCACGUGUUGUGUCCGACUUUGACGAGAUGGAGUUGGCCAAACAGCUUGAGAGACUGGAACAAGAGAACAGGGAGGUUUCUGGGGACGAGGACAGUGAGGACGAGAUCGGGAUGGGGGACAUUGAUGACAGUGAGGCUCCUAAAGAGGCCGGUGCAUCCACAGACCCAGACCCCAAAACCGUCACUGGGACAGAAAACUGAUGGAAAACACCAGUAAUGGUUUACUAAAACAAGUACCUGAGAAUUCAGGCCAAUCUCAGGUUUUUCCUGAUGGGGGUGGGUACCAGUAUUAUUUCUAAAGGUUUUUAUUCGCAGCAAGACACAUCUCGGUAUGGUUGUAUACACAUGUAUGUAUGUAAUGAGGUCCAGAUAUAGGCUUGCAAAAUAAGGUGGCAAACCAGCGCAUUUCGUCAGUUGUCCUGAUGUCAGCACUGGUGCUUUUCACGUUUUAAUGUUUGACAUGAUUACAGAUUAAUGACGGCGCCCACUUCUCAUUGUAUUUGGUACUUGGAGACUCAAACAGCACCCUGUUGUAAUGGUGUGGUCUUUACGUGCCUAUCAUAGUCUGCAUCGAGAUCAUUUCUUCAACAGUUACAUAAUACACGAAUGCUUUGAUGAACAAAAUAGACUUUGGACAACUGCAGAACUAGGCUAAGUAACAUACCAUGAUCAUAUUGUUUUAAUGAAUAAUUACUUAUUUGAGUUUAUAAAAGUUCUAAAUUUAAGUCUGAAUUGUUGCUUAUUAUUUGUAUCACAUAAGUUUAAAGUUUACAGAUUGGAAGCGUAAAUGCUGAUUUUAAAAAUUAAUAAGCACAUGGCAUGCAGUCCAUGUUUCUGAUUCAAGAAACCGUUAUUGAAGCCUAAGUGCAAAUUUUAGAUGUUUUAUAAAUACAGGUCUACAGUUCAUGUUUAUGAUUCAACAAACUGAUAUUUGAUUCCAAGUUCACAGGCAACAGGACUACCCUGCUAUUAAGUGUAUCUCUCAAAUGUUUGAUAUGUAAAUAUUUUGUAUAUGUUAUUUCUUGAAAAGUAGUCAGACUGUUGUUAGGUUGCCGACACUAUUGAUAUAUUUCUUUUUAUACAUUUAGGUUUGCAUAUGUGAAUUUGUUUGUCUUAAAAUCUUACAUAAAAACAUUUGAUAACAUUGUAAAUAGUGCAAAUAAAAUGGAAAUCUGUGCAAUUACAUUUUCGGUUAGGUUGUUAGAACAGAAAUAUUUGUAUGUCAAUUCUAGCACAAAAUAUUUUGUCAAUUACUGUAAUAAUAAUUGAAUGAUAUUAUAACAUUCAAAUGUUUCGAUAUGACAGCAACAUUGUGAAAUAAAUGUACUUGUCUGUCAUCUUUGUUUCUGGUAUUUAUUGAAAUAAAUCAUAUAUUUGUCA